AUGCGCUUUUCCUCAGCAAUCAGUCUUGCCCUUGGCACCGUUGCGACGGCCUCGCCCGUCCGACGCGACUACACCGAGGAUAUCUCCAUCACCGAUUUCUACGUCCACAAGGCCAUCGCAAACGGUACCACCAAUGCGACCGUGGAUGGUGUCUCAUUCUUGUUGACUGGAGAAAAUGCGACGGAUCUCGCCUGCUCGGCGCAAACUGGAAUCCCCUCGGCAGUCUUCUCCUGCGGCGACUCCCCAUACAGCUUUGCCCUGUGGGAAGAGAGUGAGUCGACUGGAGAGUUUACACUGCGUCUCUAUCACGCCUUGGGCGUUGCCGUGGGAUACUAUGGCGCAGGAGUUGUUCCUACCUACUGUCAUGCUGGUGGUGGCCCGACUCUGACUUGCGGUCAGGUCGUCACCCCAGUCAACAUUACCAUCGACAGCCUGCCGGAUUCCGCAUAA